UGGCUAGGCAAUGUGUUGGUCUACUCUGACACUUGAUUUGGGGUCCUGAGAGAAGUGGAAGCACAACGUGAAAGCCAUGCCGAAAUCAAAGAGGGACAAGAAAAUCACUUUAACUAAAACCACCAAGAAAGGGUUAGAAUCCAAACAGAACUUAAUAGAAGAGCUACGGAAAUGUGUGGACACAUACAGACACAUCUUCAUCUUCUCUGUUGCGAACAUGAGGAAUAGCAGAUUAAAAGAUAUAAGGACAGCAUGGAAACACAGCAGGUUCUUCUUUGGGAAAAACAAAGUCAUGAUGAUUGCCUUAGGAAAGGGCCAUGCUGACGAGUACAAGGACAAUCUACACAAGGUCAGCAAGUACCUAAAAGGUGAAGUGGGUCUGCUGUUCACCAACAAAACAAAGGAGGAGGUCCAGGAGCACUUCAGCCAGUUUAAGGAGAUGGACUUCGCCCGGUCCGGGAACAAGGCCAGCAUGGCAGUGACUCUGGAUGAAGGGCCCCUAGAGCAGUUUCCUCACUCCAUGGAGCCACAGCUCAGGCAGCUGGGACUGCCCACGGCGCUGAAGAAAGGGGUGGUGACGCUGUUGUCAGAUCACGUGGUGUGUAAGGAAGGGGAUGUUCUGACUCCUGAACAGGCUCGGAUUCUGAAACUCUUUGGGAUCAAGAUGGCUGAGUUCAAGGUCUUGGUAAACUGCAUGUGGAUCGCGGAGUCUGGGGAGUUUGAGAAGAUGAGCGAGGAGGGAGCUGAAGAAGAGGAGGAGGAAAUGGAUGACACAGAGGAGGAAGACGAUGAAUAAGAUAUAAUAAAGACUCCAUUCAGACUGUAUUUAAAACACCCAACGUGUGCCAACUUUGCUACAAAAUACUUGGUUUUUUAAUGCUUUCUGAAAACCAUUAUUGUAACACUUUUUUUAUAUAUACAAGAAGAUAACUCCCCAUUUGUUGGACUGAUUACAUUGCUUAUGUGCACUGUGUCAUGCAGACUGGUCCGUCACAUUGUGUUUGAGUGUAGUUUCAAUAUACUGCACUGUUAUUUUUAUAGUUAACAAUUACUGGGUAAAGCUUGGAUACACUAUGAGGUAACAGAUUUGCUGUCGAGUAAGCCAGAGUGUGGAUGGAUUCUGCGCUAGUUAAUCUACAGUCAGUGCUGGAGAGUCUUUACCAACACUGGAACAGACUGCAGCCGUUUGUUAUUCAAAGUACAGCAAAGAGGACUUUGUAAAACUCAAAUGUAAAUGUUUGUUGUGCGUAUAGAUAUUGUAUUAUGGUUCUAGUUUCACAGGCCCCUGAUUAGCGUUAAUAUGGAACCACGUGAUAUUACCGUAGGUAUUUAAGGUAAUCAGGUUUUGUGAAAACGGAUGUAAAUGUACAGUACAUCAUACAAAUAAAAACUGAUUUUGAGAUGUUUGAA